GUCCACGUAGAAGAUAGAUGCAGAUAUUAUCUUCUUCUCGGGGUUUUGGUAUUUCUGAUAAACCCUAACCAUAUCAACAUCUCGAGCAUUCAUUACUCUGCUCGAACCACGAAGUUAAGGUGGAUCAACGCUGUACAAUUGGCGGAAAAGUGCUCUACGAUCACGAUCAAGAGAGAGAGGAAUGAGGAUCUAGUUUUAACCCUGAAUUUUUUUAUCUUAAGGCUUAACUGAGUAAAGCUGGAGCAGAUGUAAUUUUGUCUGCACUAACUGCCUUUGCAAGUGAUUCGCUGACUUUAAAUCCUGAAUCUGCCUUUAGAGUCGGAAGUGGCUGGUCGUAUUCCUUCUUCCUUGGUGUAUGUUGAUCUCUUCUCUCUGGUGGUAGCUAUUCAACAUCUCCACAGAAUUGUAAUGUGUUUCAUAAUGAGGAGGCAUUGCAUAAAGAUUUGGUUUUGGAAGACAAAUUGGCUCCAAUAGAAUCGAACACAUACAGAAAAUUCAAAUAAUUAAAUAACUAGAUUUGGAAUUGAGAUGUAGUUGGCUAAUGAUUUUCUAGAGGAAUAAAAAAAUAAAUCAUGCACCUCUUCUAUAUGUCUUUUUUCUACUUCGGAGAGGUCUGCGUACACUCAACUCUAACCAGACUCCAGUGGAAUUUCAAUGAGUAUCUUAUUGUUGUUGAUGCACCUCAUCCGAAAUAAAACUUUCAUUGAUUUUGCCCAUUCUUUUUUUUUUUUGCUUUUGUUAUUUCCUUUGGAAGAUCCUCCAGGAAACAAAAGAAAAAAUAAAUCCUUUUAGGGUAUGGAGAGUCCACUUUAUAUUUUUCAUUUACAAUUAUCUAAAAAGUACACACUAGAUAACCUUAUCCAUUAAAGUAGAUUCUUGAUUUUCUAUCAUAAGAAUUUAUUUCCCUCUGUUUUUUUUUUCCUUCUAGUAGUUUUUGUUAGAGCCCCUCCAAAUCCUAUUCGUUAAACUGUCAUUUUUCCAUAAUCAACUAACCUUAGAUGCCAUAAUUUUCUUCAAGCUCAAAAUUCACCAUGGAGGCUGCUGCUACUCCAUUGUACCACUUCAUUUCUUCUCAUCAGUCACUCACCCAAAAGCAACCAAGAUGCUAUUCCACAAAUUUUGGCCUUGUAAAUGCAGCAGAAACACUUUCUGAAUCUUCACCCUCAACCUCUCUUGAAUCACUUUCUUCAUUGCAAUUUGAUUAUGAAAAGAAGUUCAACUCACUAAAUUCAGUAAGAGCUAUGCAUGCCAAGAUGAUAAAAUUGUCUAAUGACUGGGAUACAAAGAAAAAUAUGCAGUAUUUUAUCUCAGGUUACUUGGAAUUUGGUGAUUUUCAAUCAGCUGCAGUGUUAUUCUUUGUGGGGUUUGCAGAGAAUUAUUUGUAUUGGAAUUCUUUCCUUGAAGAAUAUACAUAUUUUGGAGGAACCCCAUGUGAAAUUCUUGAAGUUUUCAGUGAAUUGCAUAGCAAAGGAGUGAACUUUAACACUGAAAUUCUAGCUUUUGUUUUGAAAAUCUGUUCAAAGUUAAGAGAUAUGUGGUUAGGAUUGGAAGUCCAUGCUUGUCUGAUCAAGAGGGGUUUUGAUUUAGAUGUCUAUACAAAAUGUGCACUGAUGAAUUUUUAUGGGAGGUGUUGUGGGACUGAGAGUGCUAAUAAGGUCUUUAAAGAAACAUCAAUGCAUGACUCUUUAUUGUGGAAUGAAGCCAUUCUGGUUAAUUUGAGGAAUGAAAAAUGGGCAGAAGGUCUACAAAUGUUUCGCGACAUGCAGGCGUUACUUGUGAAGGCCAAUAGUUUAACCAUUUCCAAAGUUUUGCAAGCCUGUGGGAAAUUGGGAGCUCUUGAUGAAGGAAAACAGAUUCACGGGUAUGUUAUCCGAUAUGCCUUAGAUUCGAAUAUACUCAUACGUACUGCACUGAUCAACAUGUAUGUGAAAAAUGACAAUAUCAAACUUGCUAGAGUAGUUUUUGAUUCAACAGACAAUCGUAAUCUUCCUUGUUGGAACAGUAUUAUAUCGGGGUAUACUGCACUUGGUUAUCUUGAUGAUGCGUGGGAGCUAUUUCAUGAAAUGAAAACUUGCAACAUAAAACCGGACAUAAUAACCUGGAACAGCCUUUUAUCUGGUCAUUUUCUUCAUGGAUCUUAUCGAGAAGUUUUGGCAAUUGUGAGGAGAAUGCAGAGUGCUGGUUAUCAGCCAAAUCGCAACUCUAUAACUAGUGCUCUUCAAGCAGUGAGUGAAUUAGGAUAUUUGAGAAUUGGGAAGGAGAUUCAUUGCCAUGUUUUAAGAAAUGGAUUUGACUAUGACCUGCAUAUUGCAACUUCACUAGUAGACAUGUAUGUGAAGAAUGAUGAUUUGCAAUCUGCUCAAGCUGUUUUUGAUUGUAUGACAAACAGAAACGUUUGUGCUUGGAAUUCAUUAAUUUCGGGUUAUUCCUGCAAAGGAAAUUUUGAAAAAGCUGGUGAUCUUUUGGAUCAGAUGAAGGAAGAAGGGAUUAAACCAGAUAUAGUGACAUACAAUAGCAUGGUUUCUGGUUAUUCAACAUCUAACUGUAUCAAGGAAGCUUUGGGUAUGAUUAGAAGGAUCAAGAGUUCUGGCAUGUCUCCUAACGUCAUUUCAUGGACCUCUUUAGUAUCGGGUUGUUCACAGCAAGGAUACUUCAGAGAAGCAUUUGAGUUUUUAACGCAGAUGCAGGAUGAAGGUAUCAAAGUCAACUCAGUUACUGUUGCAAGCUUACUUCAAGCAUGUGCAGGUCUCUCUUUGUUACACAUUGGGAAAGAGAUACAUUGCCUGUGUAUACGAAACGAUUUUAUAGAUGAUGUGUACGUAUCUACGGCUCUCAUAGACAUGUACAGUAAGUGUGGGAACUUAGAAAAUGCCCAGAAGGUUUUCCAAAACCUUGAGGACAAAACUUUAGCUUCCUGGAAUUCCAUGAUAACCGGAUUUGCUAUAUACGGCUUAGGUACAGAGGCAAUUUCACUCUUUGAUAGGAUGAGAGAAGUAAACAUCCAACCAGAUGCCAUAACAUUUAUAGCUCUUCUAUCUAGUUGUAAACAUUCUGGUUUUCUUGAUAAAGGCUGGAAAUACUUUGAUCAUAUGAAGACAGAUUUUGGAGUUAUCCCCACAAUUGAGCAUUAUUCAUGCAUGGUUGAUCUUCUGGGAAGAGUCGGUUACCUUGAUGAAGCAUCAGAUUUUAUUCAGUCAAUGCCAAUGGAGCCAAAUGCAGCUGUUUGGGGUGCUCUUCUUACAUCAUGCCGGAUACAUGGAAACGUUGAGCUUGGAGAGAUUGCAGCUGAACACCUUUUCAAGUUAGAACCAUAUAAUGCAGCUAACUAUGCCUUAAUGAUGAACCUCUAUGCACUUUCAAACAGAUGGAAGGAUGUUGACCGUAUCAGAGACAAGAUGGAGGCUAUGGGAGUGAAAAUCGGACCAGUAUGGAGUUGGCUAAAAGUCGAUCAGAGGAUUCACAUCUUCUCUACAGCAGGAAAAACUCAUCCAGAAGAAGGAGAGAUAUUCUUUGAGUUGUACAAGUUAAUUUCUGAGAUGAAAAAGUUGGGAUAUAAACCUGAUACUAAAUGUGUUGUUCAGAACAUUUCUGAAGUAGAGAAAGAAAAGGCGCUGCUUGGUCACACAGAGAAACUGGCAAUUACAUAUGGAUUGAUCAGGACCACAAGUCCUGCACCUAUUAGAGUGAUCAACAACACUAGAAUAUGUUCAGACUGUCAUACAGUUGCAAAAUAUAUGUCGUUGCUGAGAAGGCAAGAGAUUUUCCUAAAAGAUGGUGUCCGCUUUCACCAUUUUAGGGAUGGUAAGUGUUCUUGCUGUGACUUCUGGUAGAGGUAUGCAGAACAUCUUAUUCUCCUAUAACAGAAAACAAAUGCUGUGUUGCACCACUUUUGUAAAUGUAAUUCUUUUUUGUUAAUAUGAACUUCAUAGGUAUUGGACAAAUGUCGUGAAUACAGUGAUACUUGUAAUCAGUUUAAGUGUUAUAAUAUCUCCUAGCCGGAGAGCUUGAUCUCUCUAUUGCAAAAAGAAACGAUUCUGUAGUUCUAUUUAGAGUGAGUACAUAAUUGUUAUAGUAUGAUGA